UGGAGCAGCAGCAGCAGCAGCAGCAGCGUCUGUCUGACUCAGUUUGUUCUGUUGCACAGUGCGGCACUGACGCACUGCUGCGUCGUCUCGGUCCUCAAACCUUCUCGCGGCUUCACUUUACAGUUUUCUGAAGGAAUUUGCGACCAGAUCGUCGGAGAGCCGCGCAACCACACAGACAGUCCUUUUCCCUGCAGGAUUUUAACCUGCAACUUUCAGCACAAUAUUUGCUCCAAGUGCAGGAGACACAGAAGCUGGACACAUUACUAACAGAUUGCCUCUUGGACUUUUCCUGAUUUUAACCACCACCGCUGGAAGCUUCCCCCGCUGUCGCCAUGAGCGCGUGCAGCAGGAAGGCGCUGACUUUGUUGAGCAGUGUCUUUGCAAUCAGUGGCCUGGGGCUGCUGGGAGUGGCAGUGAGCACCGACUACUGGUUGUAUCUGGAGGAGGGCGUCAUUAUGCCUCUGAACCAGAGUGUCGACAUCAAGACCUCGCUGCACUCGGGCCUCUGGAGAGUCUGCUUCUUGGCUGGUGAGGAGUCUGGUCGCUGUUUCACCAUCGCCUACAUCAUGCCCAUGAACGUCCAGUUGACGUCAGAGUCCACAGUAAACGUGCUCAAGAUGAUCCGCUCAGCCACUCCGUUCCCUCUGGUCAGCCUCUUCUUCAUGUUCAUCGGCUUUGUCCUCAACAACAUCGGCCACGUCCGGCCUCACCGCACCAUCCUGGCAUUUGUCUCUGGGAUCUUCUUCAUCCUCUCAGGUCUGGCUCUGGUGGUGGGUCUGGUGCUCUACAUCUCCAGUAUAAAUGAUGAGAUGCUGAACAGGACGAAGAGCAAUGAGGCCUAUUUUACCUACAAGUAUGGCUGGUCCUUUGCCUUCGCUGCCAUCUCCUUCCUGCUCACUGAGAGCGCAGGCGUCAUGUCCGUCUACCUGUUCAUGAAGCGCUACACAGCAGAGGAGAUCUACCCGCCCCGUCACCCCAGUUUCUACCGCCCCCGUCUCAGCAACUGCUCCGACCACUCGGGCCAGUUCCUCCACCCAGAGGCCUGGUCGCGUGGGCGAAGUCCCUCCGACAUCUCGAGUGAAGCCUCGCUCCAGAUGAGUGCCAGCUACCCUGCUCUCCUCAAGUGCCCCGACUAUGACCAGGUCUCCUCUUCGCCCUGCUGAGGGGUCUGUCACUACAACAGGGGUCACGUAAAGGUUACUAAAGGUCACACGGGGGUCACAAGGCCUAAUGAGUUUUCUUUCAAGAAGAAGAGCUUAGAUGUGUAACUGUGAGUGUGAUGUUUUUCAGGGAGAAAAAGGGUGCAGAUUUGAUCGAAGGGCUUCUGAGACGUGUGUGUGGCUUUUUAUGGAGUCACAGAUGCUUGUUGUUGUAGCAGCACCUACAUUUCUUUCAAGGUGGAGGCAACAUGCACAGGUUGUAGAAAAAAAUACAUGGUUAUGGUGUUAUUCUCUCUGUCUGAAAAGAUUAAAAUCUGGUACACAGAAGAUUACCGUUGACCUCUGUAAAGGGACAGUAAAGGUUCUGUAUUUUGCUUUAACUGUAUCUGUGUGUUUAACCUUCCAGUGCCUCAUAGUUGUUUUCUUUCUGUGAAUAUCUCAGCUCCACCAUUUUGCAAUAACGAAAUGCUCCUUAUUCUUUAGGACCUUUUUUAUUCUGUGGCAGUUGUCAUCAUGUCACACAGCAAAAAACUACCCGAAAACAAACAUUGGGCAAAUUUAACGCUUUCUCCCAAGGGCAAAGACUAUGGUGUGAUGCAAUGACAGGAAAAUCCAUCACCUCUUUAAUAACCUUCAGAUAGCAGGGCAGGUGACAGAGACAGGUCCUGUCAACAAGCAUCCAGCCUGCUCAAGUGUUGUUGGGUUUGUGUGAUGCAUUAUUGUUGCAGUGUUGUCUCAAACAUCUUGACAUCCCAGGUUCAUGAAUAUGUCCACAUUGUAUUGUAUAUGCUGUUUACCACAAUGUAUGUUUGUAACUAUUGUACAAAAUGUGUCAUUUUAAUUUUUCAAAGUUGCCUAACAACAUCAGGCAAAGCCUUUCAGCUAACAUGGGUGCAUUUACAUUUGAAUGUGGACAAAUAUAUAUUGUCUCUUUUCAAAUUAAAUAAAUAUGUAUAUAUUCAAAGUUAAAAUUAAAGUGAACCAGCUAAAAUCAUCUAUAUUUGUUUUAUAUAGAUUUUUUUAAUGAAAUAUGUGCAGCUGUCUGACAUUAUGAAUAAAUGGUAAGAGAUUAUAAGAUAAGAUAUUAAAGGGACCGUUCACCACAAAAUCAAAGACAUUUUUCCUCUUACCUGUAGUGCUACUUAGUGAUUAUUUCGGUAUGAGUUGCAGAGUGUUCAUGGAACUAGAUGGUAUUCGGCUUGUGGUGCUUAAGGCACCAAAAAAUAAGAAAAUAAAUGAAUAAAUAAAAAUUGGAUAAACUCAGCAGCAAUGUCUCUUUGUCCAAACCAUUGCCUAUUUACUCAAGAUAACCCACAGACCUUGUUGUGAACCGUUUCAUGUAGGAACUAUUUUCUUUUUUACUGAACUACACCUGCCAACUGUAACAAGCAGGGGCUCGUCUGAAGCUGAAAUUCACCACAAGAUGACAUAUAGACUGUGUGGUGAUUUGGCCCAGUUUGAUUUGUGUUGCUUGCAUGUGACAGCUGACAGCUUGUCCAUUCAGGUUGAUUUGUUAAGUGUGUUGUAGCUUUGGUAGCAGCAGGCACAUGCUUGAUUGCACAUGCUGAUGAGGUGAUUUGGUUCAGCUGUGUGAUGGUUUUGGCUGUGUGCCCUAAUGUGUCGUGCUUUUGCUCUGGUAUCUGGUUUUGUUGGGAGACAGAUACGUUUGGUGAAUAGGCUGCUUUUACUUUUGGUUUAUGUAACCAGCUUUGUUCAAUAGAAAGUUGUUGAGUUGUGAGGGUUGAAUUUUUGUGUUGCUGAGCGGUGUUUGUUGGUGACAAGGAAACGUGCAUCUACUGCUGGCUCACCUAGCAUCACUGAGCCAACUAACGUUGCAGCUUAGCCGAGGAGGACGCCAUUAAUGUUUACAUGUUGCGCAGUCAAGAGCUCAAACCUCUUGUCCAUGAGUAGAUGGAGGGUGUAGCUUUUCAAAUCUAAUUUUUGGCUCUGUGAGUUCAACAAGCCGAGUGCCAUCUAGUUCCAUGAUAUUGGAGAGAAGGCAGACAUCUCUACGACCAAUGUCUCCAGCUCUCAGCAACUAAAACCAAAACAAUCUAGACUGAUAAGUAGCACUACAAAAGUAGCACUAUUUUUCCUGUAGCACUACAGGAAAAAUAUGUCUUGAUUUUGGGGUGAACUGUCCCUUAAAGUGCUGUUUUGAAUCUGUUGAUGUAGCCACACUCUGCUUCACCAUAAAAAAUGUCUGACACUAAGAUGAUAGGCAUUUCUCACAGCAGACAUUUUGACGUGUCAUAGCAGGAAAAUCACAGGUGUUACUAAUGACAAUAACGACAGCUCUGUGACAGUGAGCCAGCAUGCAGGGCACAAGGAUCCUAAAAUCAAAGCAGCUAAAUGAAAUUCAUCAUACUGUUUAAAGCUGUGAUUUUCCUACUGUGACAUGUCAAAAUGUCUUCGAUGAAAAAGGCCUGUUCAUCUGUGAAGUAAAUGUCCUCACACAGUAGUUCCAUGUUUAACCACUGGGAGGCAGCUGCCUUUUUCUGAGUGGCAUUUUAUCUUGUUUUACAGUUGUUUAAGCACAGUUGUCAAAUAAAAAUUAUGUUUAUUUAAAGAUUGACAUUCUUUAAAGAAUUUUAAAUAUAUUGUCACACAUAAUUAAAAAUGAUGUAUUUGAAAUAACUUUUAUAUCUCCAGUUGAUCCAGUAAUGUGUUGACUUCAUCAAAAUGGAUUAUACUACUAAUUUUUAAAACACUUAUCAAUCUCUGUAUAAAUCCUGACAUGAAAAAGUAUGCUGCUUUUUAAAUAUUGAUUUGUAAAUUUUGGUAAUCUAUACUGAUAAAAGGUGACAUGUUCAUCCUCAAAUUUACAGACUCAUUUUUCCCCUUUGAGGUGAGGUAUGCUGUAGCCAGACAACAUUUCUACUGAAUUAGCUGACAUCAGUCUUUACAAUAAAAUGUUAUAUCAGCGUUUCUUUAUAUUUAUUUAUUUUUACUUUACACAAAUGUUACUGUAUUGUGAAUAAAGUACAAGGUGUGAACUGA